GUGGGAGCCGGAGCCCGAGCCCGAGCCGGAGCCGGAGCCGGGAGUGGGAUCCGCGGGCUGGAGCGGGCCGGAACGGGGCGAGCUAUGAUGUCGACCUACAAGCGGGCCACGCUGGACGAGGAGGACCUGGUGGACUCGCUCUCCGAAGGCGACGGCUACCCCAACGGCCUGCAGGUGAACUUCCACAGCUCCCGGAGCAGCCAGCGGUGCUGGGCCGCACGGACCCAGGUGGAGAAGCGGCUGGUGGUGCUGGUGGCGUUUCUGGCGGCAGGACUGGUGGCCUGCCUGGCAGCGCUGGGCAUCCAGUAUCAGACAAGGAGCCCCCCGGUAUGUCUGAGUGAGGCCUGCGUCUCGGUGACCAGCUCCAUCCUGAGCUCCAUGGACCCCACGGUGGACCCCUGCCAGGACUUCUUCAGCUACGCCUGCGGCGGCUGGAUCAAAGCCAACCCCGUGCCCGACGGCCACUCUCGCUGGGGGACCUUCAGCAACCUCUGGGAGCACAACCAAGCCAUCAUCAAGCACCUCCUUGAAAAUUCCACAGCCAGCGUGAGCGAGGCCGAGAGGAAGGCCCAGGUGUACUACCGUGCGUGCAUGAACGAGACCAGGAUCGAGGAACUCAGGGCCAAGCCCCUGAUGGAGCUGAUUGAGAAGCUCGGAGGCUGGAACAUCACAGGUCCCUGGGCCAAGGACAACUUCCAGGACACACUGCAGGUGGUCACCGCCCACUACCGCACCUCGCCCUUCUUCUCUGUCUACGUCAGUGCCGACUCCAAGAACUCCAAUAGCAACGUGAUCCAGGUGGACCAGUCCGGCCUGGGUCUGCCCUCCAGAGACUAUUACCUGAACAAGACUGAAAACGAGAAGGUGCUGACCGGAUACCUGAACUACAUGGUCCAGCUGGGAAAGCUGCUGGGCGGGGGGGAUGAGGACUCCAUCAGGCCCCAGAUGCAGCAGAUCCUGGAGUUCGAGACGGCGCUGGCCAACAUCACCAUCCCCCAGGAGAAGCGCCGAGACGAGGAGCUCAUCUACCACAAGGUGACGGCGGCCGAGCUGCAGACCUUGGCGCCUGCCAUCAACUGGCUGCCCUUUCUCAACACCAUCUUCUACCCGGUGGAGAUCAACGAGUCCGAGCCCAUCGUGGUCUACGACAAAGAAUACCUCGAGCAAGUCUCCCUGCUCAUCAACACCACCGACAGAUGCCUGCUGAACAACUACAUGAUCUGGAACCUGGUGCGGAAGACCAGUUCCUUCCUGGAUCAGCGCUUUCAGGAUGCCGACGAGAAGUUCAUGGAAGUCAUGUACGGGACCAAGAAGACCUGCCUUCCUCGCUGGAAGUUCUGUGUGAGUGACACCGAAAACAACCUGGGCUUUGCCCUGGGCCCCAUGUUCGUCAAAGCGACCUUCGCUGAGGACAGCAAGAACAUAGCCAGUGAGAUAAUCCUGGAGAUCAAAAAGGCGUUUGAGGAGAGCCUGAGCACCCUCAAGUGGAUGGACGAAGACACCCGGAAAUCAGCCAAGGAAAAGGCCGACGCCAUCUACAACAUGAUAGGCUAUCCCAGCUUCAUCAUGGACCCCAAGGAGCUGGACAAAGUCUUCAAUGACUACACUGCGGUGCCAGACCUCUACUUCGAGAACGCCAUGCGGUUUUUCAACUUCUCGUGGAGGGUCACUGCCGACCAGCUCAGAAAAGCCCCCAACAGAGACCAGUGGAGCAUGACCCCGCCCAUGGUGAACGCCUACUACUCGCCCACCAAGAACGAGAUCGUGUUUCCGGCCGGGAUCCUCCAGGCACCCUUCUACACCCGCUCCUCACCCAAGGCCCUGAACUUCGGUGGCAUCGGCGUUGUCGUGGGCCACGAGCUGACUCAUGCCUUUGACGAUCAAGGGCGGGAGUACGACAAGGACGGGAACCUCCGGCCCUGGUGGAAGAACUCGUCCGUGGAAGCCUUCAAGCAGCAGACCGAGUGCAUGGUGGAGCAGUACAGCAACUACAGCGUGAAUGGGGAGCCCGUGAACGGCCGGCACACGCUCGGCGAGAACAUCGCCGACAACGGGGGCCUCAAGGCGGCCUACCGGGCCUACCAGAACUGGGUCAAGAGGAACGGGCCCGAGCACACCUUGCCCACCCUGGGCCUCACCAACGACCAGCUCUUCUUCCUGGGGUUUGCGCAGGUCUGGUGCUCAGUCCGCACGCCCGAGAGCUCCCACGAAGGCCUCAUCACUGACCCACACAGCCCCUCCCGCUUCCGGGUCAUCGGAUCCCUCUCCAAUUCCAAGGAGUUCUCGCAACACUUCCACUGUCCGCCGGGCUCGCCCAUGAACCCUCACCAUAAAUGUGAAGUCUGGUGAGGGGUGGAGCACACAGCCACGACGGAGAAGGGAAGGGGCCGAGGACACGGCCGUCCCCUGCCCCUCGGCCACCCAGGGCCCCCUCCCUGCACUGGAGGGCUGCCACCAGGACGGGGUCCCCCAGCCUGAGACCCGCCCCCUGCGACGGCCUCAUCAGCCCAGGCCCGCGUGCCAAUGGCAGCAGGCAUUUGGGCGACAGGCUGGUGGCACCCCAUGCCGACAAGGGCAGUGUGACACAGCCCCUGCCCACUUCCAGCACCACAAAUGCCACUGUGGCAAAGGCUUUAAAGAUAUAUUUUUUGGGGAAAUCAUUUUUUUUUUACCAUUGUGGCGUACACUGGAAAUCUUCAGGGAAAAAAAUGCAUUUAAAACACUUUUUUUUAAAAAGGAGGGAUUGGUAUAUUUAUUAUGAUCUGUUUUCUAAGUAACCUGUGGACAAGGGAAGCCCCACUGACAGCCCCCCUCUGCCAGGCUGGGCUGUGGCAGGCACAUCCCCCACCAGCCACUGAGCAGUCCCCACGGGCUCUCGUAGCCCCCAGGUCACCUGUGCAGAUGGGAGGGGCUGGGGGGGGCACCAGCCCGGGGGCACUGCCUCUGCUCAGCUUGCCUGCCUCUGGCCCCCAGAGUCCCACAGUGGGAACCCCAGAAAGGAGAACCUGCUCCCCAAGAAUGCAGCAGGGGCCCAAUGGUUGCGGCACGGUGAGACCAGGUCUGGGCCCUUGGAUGCAGUCUGGGGGUGUCCAGGCACCCCGGAUCCAGCCCGCUCUUAAGAGCCCUGCAGACGGAAACGCCACCAUUGGGUGUUCACAGCUGGCUCAGAGACGCCCUCUUCUGGUCUGUUGCUGCCUUGCAGCCCUCCCCAAUCCCAGCCACUUUGGGGUCUGCCUUGUGGACCCUCCUCACCAGGGGAAGGAGCAAAUAUGAUAAAGCUCUCAUUCCCCACAAGGCCCAGACCCACCCGCUGAGCUCCGUCCUCCAUCCCGGCCUGGACCUGGCUCCCAGGCCACUUUUCUAGUGCCUUAGCUGAGGCCACAGCCCCUGUCUCCAGAGGCCCCCUCAGUGGAACCCCCAAGUGUCCUGAACGGAACACAAGGCCAUAACCCCACUCCCGGUGCCCACGAGCUGCGGCCUGCAGGGCAGUGGCGCCCGGUGCCAGGAGUUGGGGACCACUGCACGCAUACCAGGCAGCCCCUGGGGUUGGGCGGGGACGGUCCUCCCAGCCACCAGACCACUCUCUUUUGGGGGCGCCCUUGGCCAGGGUGGGGCUGGGCGGGAAAGGCUCCCCGACACAGACCAGCCUGCAGUGUCAGGGCUAUGGGAACUUCAUCUGCUCCCCGAGGCACAGCUGCUGGUGAAAUGUGGGUGCCUCCCACCCCCACUGCUAUCCUAGGGUGGAGCAGGGAGUCAGAGGGGGCCCCAGCUUUUCCAGCCCCUCACCCAGGCAGCCAGAGCCUGCCUUGUCCAAGAGGAGCCAAUGCUAGCUUGUCUUCUUGUCCCUGCUGGCCCGGGACAGCCCAGGCCUGAGGCGGGGGUGGUGGGCGUGGGCUGCAGAGGAAGCCCCUGGUCCCCUGGUCUCUUCAGAGUGGUGGACCAUCAAGGUGGGCCUUUCCCUGCCCUGGGGGGCCUCUCUCUGCUCCCUCUCCCCCCACCCUUCUGCCUUCCUGUCUUCCUCCUGGAGCAAGGCAGUCCUGGCCGGAAGCAAGUGUCCCUCCCCGGGCUGGGGGUCCGCAGGGAGAGCACGGGCUGCACUCAUUGCUUGGGGGCCCAGGGCAGAGGAGGGCUUGGGCCCAGCAGGGAUGGAAGCAGAGGAGCACCCCAUACUCCCACCAGCCCUGUCAGGCUUCGACAAAGGCUGAGGUGGGCAGGUGCACUCAGAGAGACCCGGCAGCCUCUGGGCCGGCUUCUCUGUGGGUGCCUGGCCGGAGGGUCUGGAGCUGCAAAAUCUAUUUUUUGUAUUAAUUAUGUCUCGUGCUACUGUAGUUUGGGCGUGGCACUAUUGUAAUUGAAAUAAAAUACUUGUACUG